AUGCCUUCGGGUGGUUCCGGGAAGGUCAAGGGCCAAGCGUACAGGGUAGCAGAGGAGUGCGAAUCGGAUAGGAAGCGGAAGCUGCAGGAUAGGAAGCUAAACAGACUACGGCAGGAGUCUCAACGGAGACGGACGACACACCGAACGGGUGAGCAGAUCCCAUCAACCAUCACCACGACGCCGAGGGUUCACUCCAUUGAUGAGUUGGUUGUCAACCGAUCGACGACCGCAUUCACGGAAGAACAAUUGACACACCUCAAUAAGGGGCUAGGAUACGCAGUUACAACCAAGCCAGACGUGGAGCAGAUCAUCAUUGACUUAGAAACAGCGAUUACCAAGACGCUUCCAACAACAUCACAGAAUACGGUUAGGACUAUCACAUCGAACAUAAUCAAGGACGGACAGGAACAAAGUCGCGCCAACGAAAAAGAAAUUCGGAUUGUAAAGGAGCUAAAAAGUAAAGCAGUAUACUACGUAAAGGCAGACAAGGGAAACGCGGUCGUUAUCAUGGACAAGGACGAUUACGAUAAUCAAAUGACAACGAAGAUUAACAACGGACCCGGAAACCUUUCGUCACCGUAUUCAACGCAGACUCCUGAGAAGGACGAGGACUUCUACCUGAUUCACGGACAACUCUAUGCCAUAUGA